UUUUCAUGCACCAGGAUCAAUUCACAGUCAUGAAAUUCGACUUCAAUUAGAAAAAGAAGGAUGAUGGCAACUUCCAAAUAAACUAGUUUUCCAUGGAGAAUAAGUCAGCUUACCAGGAGAUGAUAAUAUGCAAACCACCAAACCUAAAGAACAAAAUGGAAAUGCCUAAGCUUUCUGGGUUGAUUGAGAUCUUGAAGGAGACCAUCAAAAUUCUCCAUUCCAAAAAUGGAAAGCUCAUAGCCAAAAUAACUUCAAUCUACAUCAUCAUUGUCUCUCUCGCCACGAUUUCCUACAUCAACCUAUCUUCUUUCUUGCAACACGACCUUCUUGCAAAGGAAACCUUUCUGAUUCUCAAUUCCCCAACACCCCCAAGUUAUACUGAAGUGUAUGCAGCUGUCAAACCAGAUCUUGUGCUCAUCCUUGGCUUGAGUUUGUUUCUCAACCUUUUCACCAUCUUUCUCUAUGUAUUCACCAUGACUGCAACAAUCUUGGCAUCAGCUGAAACCUACUCAUCCGAAAAAGCCACCAUUUCCUUCAAGGAACUGAUGAUGAAGGUGAAAUCAUCAAUUAAAAGACCAAUAAUCACUUUACUCUAUAUAUAUCUCAUUGGCAUAGGUUUAUCUGUUAUAGUAUUAUUUUUUCUUGGAAGUUUAGCUUUUCUUAUCGAAAAUAGAUCUGUUAUAUUACCCACAGCCGUUGUUGUUGGGAUUCUUGCUAGCAUCUUGUGGCUGUACUUGUAUGUUGUGUUUCAAUUGGGUAUGACAGUGUCUAUUAUUGAAGAAGGGAUUUGUGGGAUUCAAGCAAUUGCUAAAGCUGGAAGAAUUGUGAAAGGGAAGAGGUUGUAUGGUUUUGUGUUUAACCUUGUGGUUCAAAUGGCUAAUUUGAUCGCAGUAAUUCCGUUCAUGAAGAUGAACACGAAUGGAAAUCAGUCUAUGGUUUAUAAAGGGAUUGCUCUUGUGAUUCUAUCGAGUUUCAGUGGGAUAUUGGCGAUGUUUUUCCAUAUGUUCUAUACGGUACUGUAUUUUCAGUGCAAUAAGAUUCAUGGCAAAUCGGAGACUGGAUUGAUGGGAGUUUAUGAAUAUGUUAAACUUCCUUAUGGUGAAGUAGCCGUUGAUCAGGAUCUUCCUUGAUGAAUAUCUCACGAAUGUACUAUAUGGUUCUUGCUUUCUAAUAAUGGGACUGGUUGGACUUGUACCAGUUUCCUUGGGAUUUUUUUUUU